AUGGUGUACCAGUGGAGAGAUAAAGUGGUAAUUAUCACUGGCGCUGCUUCCGGCAUUGGGGAGAUUGUCGUUCGAUAUUUAAUGGAUGAAUCUGUUAAGCAUGUAGCAGUAGUCGACUUAGACGAAAAUAAAGGCAAAUCUCUACAACACGAGUUAAACGCCAAAUAUGGCGCCAACAAAGUGCAGUUUUACAAAGGCGAUGUCACCAAUGAUGACCAGUUGUUCAGUGUCUUCAACUCCGUGAAGAGCAAACAAGGUGAUAUCGAUGUCGUGAUCAAUAAUGCUGGGAUUCUGAAUGAGAGUUGGGAAAGUUAUAAGAAACAAAUUGAUAUUAAUGUGACGGCCGUGGUGACCUCAACUCUAAAAGCAUUAGAGCUGAUGCGUAAAGACCACGGCGGCAAAGGUGGUACAGUGAUCAACAUAGCUUCUAUUGCUGCGCUUAUUCAAACGCCGUUGGUGCCCAUCUAUUGUGCCACGAAAAGUGCUGUUCUACAGUUCAGUAAUUGUAUUGGUCACAAAGACUACUACAAAACUACAGGCGUUCGUGUGAUCGCGAUUUGCCCAGGUGUAACAAAUACCUCAAUACUCUCACAGCAGAAGCUCGGCAGUUUUGAUAAGAACAUUGAGAAUGUAAUGGAGAAGAAACUAAAGGAAUUUCCAAUGCAGAGUCCAGAGUCCGCUGCACGGGGUGUAAUCGACGCAUACAAGCAAGGGGAGAGUGGCAGCACAUGGCUGUUAAAUGCGGACAAGCCUGCUGCCGACAUUACUCACGCAGUUACCAAGGCUUAUCAAAUCAUGGGCGAAGGUAUCGUUCAAUAGACAUGGAGAGCGGUAUGUGACGUAUAUGAACGCGGCCAGACUAGCUCAGCAGUUUGCCCGUUAUCACAACCUCUCGGAGGCGUUGCUUAUACUGUAAAUUACGCUAAUAAAUUGUUCUGAACACC